AUGCAGCUUACUGAUAUUCCUUGUUUGGGUGUGAGGUUUACUUGGUUUAGUGGUUGUGGCAAGGUGAUGAGCAGGCUGGACAUAUUUCUUCUGUCUGAUAAUUUGAUUCCAAUGUGGAAUAUUACGGCUCAAUGGAUAGGUUUCUGGGAUAUCUCAGAUCAUUGCCCUAUUUGGAUGAAAUCCAAGUGUGCCAAGAUUGAAUUGGUUGGGAGAGGAGAUUAUAGGCUUUGUGAGAAACUGAUGAGGCUUAAAGAGAGGCUGAAAUGGUGGAACAAAAAUGUUUUUGGCUGGAUUGAUCUUGGAGUGGAAAAUGAUGUCAAAAUGCUUUGGAUCGUUCCUUCGUAG